CAAGUCGUUUUGCAUAAAUAAUAUUUUCUGAAAGCUAAGGUCAAAUGAAACCACCGGAGUUCAUAAGUUUUGGAUUAUUGCUGUUGAUACAAUUGCCUUUAUGUACGCUAGGAGAAAACAACGCUUGUGGAAUACCCGUGGGAGGUUUUGGAGUCGCAACCAAAUGUAGCGGAUGUUCGUCACUCAUAAUUUGCAUUGGAGAUCAAAACCAGUUUCCAUCAACUUGCACUGCGAACCAGUAUUGUAGUGAAGAUUCAAGUGAAGCCGGAAAGGCUGCAUGCCGUGAUACGAUUCCCCAAGGAUGUGGAACUGGAACGACAACGGAGGUUACUACUACUCAGAAAGUAACUACAACAACGCCAAAAUUAACUUCAUCUACAAAAACGGUUGAAAUAAGCACGCCUGAGGGAACCACGCUAGCCAAAUCUACGCCAGAUGAGACAAAUCCUGAGGAAACCACACCUUAUGAAACCACACCAGAAGCAACCACUCUGGAAGCAUCAACGCUUACAACAACAACAUCUGAAGUUACUACGCCUGAGGAGACCACGCCAGCUGAAUCCACGCCAGAAGAGACAACCCCUGAAGAAACCACACCAGAAGCAACUACUUUGGAAGCAUCAACGCUUACAACAACAACAACAUCUGAAGUUACUACGCCUGAGGAGACCACGCCAGCUGAAUCCACGCCAGAAGAGACAACCCCUGAGGAAACCACACCAGAGGCAACUACUUUGGAAGCAUCAACGCUUACAACAACAACAACAUCUGAAGUUACUACGCCUGAGGAGACAACGCCAUACGAAUCCACGCCAGAAGAGACAACUCCUGAAGAAACCACACCAGAAGCAACUACUCCGGAAGAAUCAACGCUUACAACAACAACAUCUGAAGUUACCACGUCUGAGAAGACCACGUCAGCUGAAUCCACACCAGAAGAGAUAACUCCUGAAGAAACUACACCAGAAGCAACUACUCUGGAAGCAUCAACGCUUACAACAACAACAUCUGAAGUUACUACGUCUGAGAAGACCACGUCAGCUGAAUCCACGCCAGAAGAGACAACUCCUGAAGAAACUACACCAGAAGCAACUACUCUGGAAGCAUCAACGCUUACAACCACAACAACAUCUGAAGUUACUAGGCCUGAGAAGACCACGCCAUCCGAAUCCACGCCAGAAGAGACAACACCUGAAGAAACCACACCAGAAGCAAGUACUCUGGAAGCAUCAACGCUUACAACAGCAACAACAUCUGAAGUUACUACGUCUGAGGAGACCACGGCUGCCGAAUCCACGCCAGAAGAGACAACAACAUCUGAAGUUAUCACGCCUGAGGAGACCACGCCUGCCGAAUCUACGCCAGAAGAGACAACUACUGAAGAAACUACACCAGAAGCAACUACUCUGGAAGCAUCAACGCCAUCCGAAUCCACGCCAGAAGAGACAACACCUGAAGAAACAACACCUUAUGAAGCUACACCAGAAGCAUCAACGCUUACAACAAUAACAUCUGAAGUUACUACGCCUGAGGAGACAACUCCUGAAGAAACAACACCUUAUGAAACUACACCAGAAGCAUCAACGCUUACAACAGUAACGUCUGAAGUUACUACGCCUGAGGAGACAACGCCAUCCGAAUCCACGCCAGAAGAGACAACUCCUGAAGAAACCACACCAGAAGCAACUACUCCGGAAGCAUCAACGCUUACAACAGCAACAACAUCUGAAGUUACUACGCCUGAGGAGACCACGCCUGCCGAAUCCACGCCACAAGAGACAACUCCUGAGGAAACCACACCAGAGGCAACUACUCUGGAAGCAUCAACGCCUACAACAACAUCUGAAGUUACCACGCCUGAGGAGACCACGCCAUCCGAAUCCACGCCAGAAGAGACAACUCCUGAAGAAACUACACCAGAAGCAACUACUCUGGAAGCAUCAACGCUUACAACAACAACAUCUGAAGUUACUAGGCCUGAGAAGACCACGUCAGCUGAAUCCACGCCAGAAGAGACAACUCCUGAAGAAACUACAGCAGCAGCAACUACUCUGGAAGCAUCAACGCUUACAACAACAACAUCUGAAGUUACUAGGCCUGAGAAGACCACGUCAGCUGAAUCCACGCCAGAAGAGACAACUCCUGAAGAAACUACACCAGAAGCAACUACUCUGGAAGCAUCAACGCUUACAACAACAACAUCUGAAGUUACUAGGCCUGAGGAGACCACGCCAGCUGAAUCCACGCCAGAAGAGACAACUCCUGAAGAAACCACACCAGAAGCAACUACUCCGGAAGCAUCAACGCUUACAACAACAACAUCUGAAGUUACUACGCCUGAGGAGACCACGCCUGUCGAAUCCACGCCAGAAGAGACAACUCGUGAAGAAACUACACCAGAAGCAACUACUCUGGAAGCAUCAACGCUUACAACCACAACAACAUCUGAAGUUAUUACGUCUGAAGAGACCACGUCAGCUGAAUCCACGCCAGAAGAGACAACUACUGAAGAAACUACACCAGAAGCAACUACUCUGGAAGCAUCAACGCUUACAACAACAACAUCUGAAGUUACUACGUCUGAGGAGACCACGUCAGCUGAAUCCACGCCAGAAGAGGCAACUCCUGAAGAAACCACACCAGAAGCAACUACUCUGGAAGCAUCAACGCUUACAACCACAACAACAUCUGAAGUUACUACGCCUGAGGAGACCACGCCAGCCGAAUCCACGCCAGAAGAGACAACUCCUGAAGAAACCACACCAGAGGCAACUACUCUGGAAGCAUCAACGCUUACAACAACAUCUGAAGUUACUACGCCUGAGGAGACCACGCCAGCCGAAUCCACGCCAGAAGAGACAACUCCUGAAGAAACCACACCAGAAGCAACUACUCCGGAAGAAUCAACGCUUACAACAACAACAUCUGAAGUUACCACGUCUGAGAAGACCACGUCAGCUGAAUCCACGCCAGAAGAGAUAACUCCUGAAGAAACUACACCAGAAGCAACUACUCUGGAAGCAUCAACGCUUACAACAACAACAUCUGAAGUUACUACGUCUGAGAAGACCACGUCAGCUGAAUCCACGCCAGAAGAGACAACUCCUGAAGAAACUACACCAGAAGCAACUACUCUGGAAGCAUCAACGCUUACAACCACAACAACAUCUGAAGUUACUAGGCCUGAGAAGACCACGCCAUCCGAAUCCACGCCAGAAGAGACAACACCUGAAGAAACCACACCAGAAGCAAGUACUCUGGAAGCAUCAACGCUUACAACAGCAACAACAUCUGAAGUUACUACGUCUGAGGAGACCACGGCUGCCGAAUCCACGCCAGAAGAGACAACAACAUCUGAAGUUAUCACGCCUGAGGAGACCACGCCUGCCGAAUCUACGCCAGAAGAGACAACUACUGAAGAAACUACACCAGAAGCAACUACUCUGGAAGCAUCAACGCCAUCCGAAUCCACGCCAGAAGAGACAACACCUGAAGAAACAACACCUUAUGAAGCUACACCAGAAGCAUCAACGCUUACAACAAUAACAUCUGAAGUUACUACGCCUGAGGAGACAACUCCUGAAGAAACAACACCUUAUGAAACUACACCAGAAGCAUCAACGCUUACAACAGUAACGUCUGAAGUUACUACGCCUGAGGAGACAAUGCCAUCCGAAUCCACGCCAGAAGAGACAACUCCUGAAGAAACCACACCAGAAGCAACUACUCCGGAAGCAUCAACGCUUACAACAGCAACAACAUCUGAAGUUACUACGCCUGAGGAGACCACGCCUGCCGAAUCCACGCCACAAGAGACAACUCCUGAGGAAACCACACCAGAGGCAACUACUCUGGAAGCAUCAACGCCUACAACAACAUCUGAAGUUACUACGCCUGAGGAGACCACGCCAUCCGAAUCCACGCCAGAAGAGACAACUCCUGAAGAAACUACACCAGAAGCAACUACUCUGGAAGCAUCAACGCUUACAACAACAACAUCUGAAGUUACUAGGCCUGAAAAGACCACGUCAGCUGAAUCCACGCCAGAAGAGACAACUCCUGAAGAAACUACACCAGCAGCAACUACUCUGGAAGCAUCAACGCUUACAACAACAACAUCUGAAGUUACUAGGCCUGAGAAGACCACGUCAGCUAAAUCCACGCCAGAAGAGACAACUCCUGAAGAAACUACACCAGAAGCAACUACUCUGGAAGCAUCAACGCUUACAACAACAACAUCUGAAGUUACUACGUCUGAGGAGACCACGUCAGCUGAAUCCACGCCAGAAGAGGCAACUCCUGAAGAAGCCACACCAGAAGCAACUACUCUGGAAGCAUCAACGCUUACAACCACAACAACAUCUGAAGUUACUACGCCUGAGGAGACCACGCCAGCCGAAUCCACGCUAGAAGAGACAACUCCUGAAGAAACCACACCAGAGGCAACUACUCUGGAAGCAUCAACGCAUACAACAACAUCUGAAGUUACUACGCCUGAGGAGACCACGCCAGCCGAAUCCACGCCAGAAGAGACAACUCCUGAAGAAAAUACACCAGAAGCAACUACUCUGGAAGCAUCAACGCUUACAACAACAACAUCUGAAGUUACUGGGCCUGAGAAGACCACGCCAGCCGAAUCCACGCCAGAAGAGACAACACCUGAAGAAACCACACCAGAAGCAACUACUCUGGAAGCAUCAACGCUUACAACAGCAACAACAUCUGAAGUUACUACGUCUGAGGAGACCACGGCUGCCGAAUUAACGCCAGAAGAGACAACAACAUCUGAAGUUAUCACGCCUGAGGAGACCACGCCUGCCGAAUCUACGCCAGAAGAGACAACUACUGAAGAAACUACACCAGAAGCAACUACUCUGGAAGCAUCAACGCCAUCCGAAUCCACGCCAGAAGAGACAACACCUGAAGAAACAACACCUUAUGAAGCUACACCAGAAGCAUCAACGCUUACAACAAUAACAUCUGAAGUUACUACGCCUGAGGAGACAACUCCUGAAGAAACAACACCUUAUGAAACUACACCAGAAGCAUCAACGCUUACAACAGUAACGUCUGAAGUUACUACGCCUGAGGAGACAACGCCAUCCGAAUCCACGCCAGAAGAGACAACUCCUGAAGAAACCACACCAGAAGCAACUACUCCGGAAGCAUCAACGCCUACAACAACAACAACAUCUGAAGUUACUACGCCUGAGGAGACCACGCCUGCCGAAUCCACGCCACAAGAGACAACUCCUGAGGAAACCACACCAGAGGCAACUACUCUGGAAGCAUCAACGCCUACAACAACAUCUGAAGUUACUACGUCUGAGGAGACCACGCCAUCCGAAUCCACGCCAGAAGAGACAACUCCUGAAGAAACUACACCAGAAGCAACUACUCUGGAAGCAUCAACGCUUACAACAACAACAUCUGAAGUUACUAGGCCUGAGGAGACCACGCCAGCUGAAUCCACGCCAGAAGAGACAACUCCUGAAGAAACCACACCAGAAGCAACUACUCCGGAAGCAUCAACGCUUACAACAACAACAUCUGAAGUUACUACGCCUGAGGAGACCACGCCUGUCGAAUCCACGCCAGAAGAGACAACUCGUGAAGAAACUACACCAGAAGCAACUUCUCUGGCAGCAUCAACGCUUACAACAACAACAUCUGAAGUUAUUACGUCUGAGGAGACCACGUCAGCUGAAUCCACGCCAGAAGAGACAACUCCUGAAGAAACUACACCAGAAGCAACUACUCUGGAAGCAUCAACGCUUACAACAACAACAUCUGAAGUUACUACGUCUGAGGAGACCACGUCAGCUGAAUCCACGCCAGAAGAGGCAACUCCUGAAGAAGCCACACCAGAAGCAACUACUCUGGAAGCAUCAACGCUUACAACCACAACAACAUCUGAAGUUACUACGCCUGAGGAGACCACGCCAGCCGAAUCCACGCUAGAAGAGACAACUCCUGAAGAAACCACACCAGAGGCAACUACUCUGGAAGCAUCAACGCAUACAACAACAUCUGAAGUUACUACGCCUGAGGAGACCACGCCAGCCGAAUCCACGCCAGAAGAGACAACUCCUGAAGAAAAUACACCAGAAGCAACUACUCUGGAAGCAUCAACGCUUACAACAACAACAUCUGAAGUUACUGGGCCUGAGAAGACCACGCCAGCCGAAUCCACGCCAGAAGAGACAACACCUGAAGAAACCACACCAGAAGCAACUACUCUGGAAGCAUCAACGCUUACAACAGCAACAACAUCUGAAGUUACUACGUCUGAGGAGACCACGGCUGCCGAAUUAACGCCAGAAGAGACAACAACAUCUGAAGUUAUCACGCCUGAGGAGACCACGCCUGCCGAAUCUACGCCAGAAGAGACAACUACUGAAGAAACUACACCAGAAGCAACUACUCUGGAAGCAUCAACGCCAUCCGAAUCCACGCCAGAAGAGACAACACCUGAAGAAACAACACCUUAUGAAGCUACACCAGAAGCAUCAACGCUUACAACAAUAACAUCUGAAGUUACUACGCCUGAGGAGACAACUCCUGAAGAAACAACACCUUAUGAAACUACACCAGAAGCAUCAACGCUUACAACAGUAACGUCUGAAGUUACUACGCCUGAGGAGACAACGCCAUCCGAAUCCACGCCAGAAGAGACAACUCCUGAAGAAACCACACCAGAAGCAACUACUCCGGAAGCAUCAACGCCUACAACAACAACAACAUCUGAAGUUACUACGCCUGAGGAGACCACGCCUGCCGAAUCCACGCCACAAGAGACAACUCCUGAGGAAACCACACCAGAGGCAACUACUCUGGAAGCAUCAACGCCUACAACAACAUCUGAAGUUACUACGUCUGAGGAGACCACGCCAUCCGAAUCCACGCCAGAAGAGACAACUCCUGAAGAAACUACACCAGAAGCAACUACUCUGGAAGCAUCAACGCUUACAACAACAACAUCUGAAGUUACUACGUCUGAGGAGACCACGUCAGCUGAAUCCACGCCAGAAGAGGCAACUCCUGAAGAAACCACACCAGAAGCAACUACUCUGGAAGCAUCAACGCUUACAACCACAACAACAUCUGAAGUUACUACGCCUGAGGAGACCACGCCAGCCGAAUCCACGCUAGAAGAGACAACUCCUGAAGAAACCACACCAGAGGCAACUACUCUGGAAGCAUCAACGCUUACAACAACAACAUCUGAAGUUACUGGGCCUGAGAAGACCACGCCAGCCGAAUCCACGCCAGAAGAGACAACACCUGAAGAAACCACACCAGAAGCAACUACUCUGGAAGCAUCAACGCUUACAACAGCAACAACAUCUGAAGUUACUACGCCUGAGGAGACCACGCCUGCCGAAUCCACGCCACAAGAGACAACUCCUGAGGAAACCACACCAGAGGCAACUACUCUGGAAGCAUCAACGCCUACAACAACAUCUGAAGUUACUACGUCUGAGGAGACCACGCCAUCCGAAUCCACGCCAGAAGAGACAACUCCUGAAGAAACUACACCAGAAGCAACUACUCUGGAAGCAUCAACGCCUACAACAACAACAUCUGAAGUUACUACGUCUGAGGAGACCACGUCAGCUGAAUCCACGCCAGAAGAGGCAACUCCUGAAGAAACCACACCAGAAGCAACUACUCUGGAAGCAUCAACGCUUACAACCACAACAACAUCUGAAGUUACUACGCCUGAGGAGACCACGCCAGCCGAAUCCACGCUAGAAGAGACAACUCCUGAAGAAACCACACCAGAAGCAACUACUCUGGAAGCAUCAACGCUUACAACAACAACAUCUGAAGUUACUACGUCUGAGGAGACCACGUCAGCUGAAUCCACGCCAGAAGAGACAACUCCUGAAGAGACCACACCAGAAGCAACUACUCUGGAAGCAUCAACGCUUACAACAACAACAUCUGAAGUUACUAGGCCUGAGGAGACCACGCAAGCCGAAUCCACGCCAGAAGAGACAACUCCUGAAGUAACCACACCAGAAGCAACUACUCUGGAAGCAUCAACGCUUACAACAACAACAUCUGAAGUUACUACGUCUGAGGAGACCACGCCAUCCGAAUCCACGCCAGAAGAGACAACUCCUGAAGAAACCACACCAGAAACAACUACUCUGGAAGCAUCAACGCUUACAACAACAACAUCUGAAGUUACCACGCCUGAGGAGACCACGUCAGCUGAAUCCACGCCAGAAGAGACAACUACUGAAGAAACUACACCAGAAGCAACUACUCUGGAAGCAUCAACGCCAUCCGAAUCCACGCCAGAAGAGACAACUCCUGAAGAAACAACACCUUAUGAAGCUACACCAGAAGCAUCAACGCUUACAACAAUAACAUCUGAAGUUACUACGCCUGAGGAGACAACUCCUGAAGAAACAACACCUUAUGAAACUACACCAGAAGCAUCAACGCUUACAACAGUAACGUCUGAAGUUACUACGCCUGAGGAGACAACGCCAUCCGAAUCCACGCCAGAAGAGACAACUCCUGAAGAAACCACACCAGAAGCAACUACUCCGGAAGCAUCAACGCUUACAACAACAACAACAUCUGAAGUUACUACGCCUGAGGAAACCACGCCUGCCGAAUCCACGCCACAAGAGACAACUCCUGAGGAAACCACACCAGAGGCAACUACUUUGGAAGCAUCAACGCCUACAACAACAUCUGAAGUUACUACGUCUGAGGAGACCACGCCAUCCGAAUCCACGCCAGAAGAGACAACACCUGAAGAAACCACACCAGAAGCAACUACUCUGGAAGCAUCAACGCUUACAACAACAACAUCUGAAGUUACCACGCCUGAGGAGACCACGUCAGCCGAAUCCACGCCAGAAGAGACAACUUCUGAAGAAACAACACCUUGUGAAACUACACCAGAAGCAACUACUCUGGAAGCAUCAACGCUUACAACAAUAACAUCUGAAGUUACUAUGCCUGAGGAGACAACACCAGCCGAAUCCACGCCAGAGGCAACUACUCUGGAAGCAUCAACGCCUACAACAACAUCUGAAGUUACUACGCCUGAGGAGACCACGCCUGCCGAAUCCACGCCAGAAGAGACAACUCCUGAAGAAACCACACCAGAAGCAACUAGUCUGGAAGCAUCAACGCUUACAACAACAACAUCUGAAGUUACCACGCCUGAGGAUUCAACGCCAGCCGAAUCCACGCCAGAAGAGACAACUCCUGUAGAAACCACACCAGAAGCAACUACUCUGGAAGCAUCAACGCAAUCCACGCCAGAAGAGACAACUCCUGAAGAAACCACAUCAGAAGCAACUAGUCUGGAAGCAUCAACGCUUACAACAACAUCUGAAGUUACUACGCCUGAAAAUUCCACGCCUGCGAUAUCCACCCCAAUAGAGACAACUCCCGAAGAAACUACUUCAGAUGCUAGCACAGCGCUUGACGAAACCACACCAGCAGCAACUACUCCAGAAGUAUCCACAGCUAUAACAACAACAUCUAAAAUUACUACUCUAGAAACAACUACGUUUCUUACUUCUACAACUUUUGCGCCGACCAUUACAACUCCUGCGACAACGGUGGCCACCACGCCGGCACCUACUUACGACGAUGGUGCUAUUCUAUGCACUGGCAUCGGUCUCUAUCCUGAUCCCAGCAAUUGUCAACUGUACCAUUACUGUUCUCCAGCAGAGAUGUACUCGUGGGUCCAGCAGUGUCCACCGAAUUAUGCCUUCUACUAUGUACCUUUCACUUCCAACACAUUUCCCUGUCGAAGGAUCACAACCCCGUCGUACUGCGCUACAAUCAAUUGUUCCCAAAGCUCUGCCUAUAAAUCAUACGGAACGAGCACCACAUUCUACGGUUUCUGCUACACAAGCGCUACCGGAGAUACUACGGUUCUGGUAAUGAAGUGCAGCGAUGGCGCUUCCUUCAACGGGUCCCAGUGUAUCUAUCAAUGUUCUCGGGAAGGAUUGUUUGCUUGUACGGAGGAUCCGACGAAAUACUAUCAGUGCUACUAUUCGGCAAACAAACUAGUUUACCGGCUUUUGAACUGUCCGGCUGGGAAGACUUUUAGCGAACAGAAGAGCGUUUGCGUUUGAUGGUGUAUAUUGAUUAGUAGUUGAAUAAAUGGAAAAAAUGUCGAA